UAAAUAUUUAAAACUUGUUUCUUGUGCUUGUAGACUGUGCAUUUAAAUUGAGUAUUGGUUCUUAGUCACACACAUCACUUAAAUACUUUGUGGUGUCUCGCUUCACAUAUAAUUUAAGCCCGUAAGCCUGCCAGGACACUCAUUUAUAGAAAGUGAAAUUGGCAAGCCGCAUAGUAAAGCAAAGCCAUGAUAAAAUUAAACUUACUCACACUUAUAUAUAUUUAUAGUAACUUAUACCAAACAGGAAUAUGCGAAAUAAUUUAUACUAAUGAUAGAAACUAUGAAGUAAUACAUUUUCAAAUUCCAAAGACCAUUUGGAAGCAAGCAUUAAAUCCUACGCCAAUUUUAAGGCAACAAGCGACUGUUGUGCUACCUAUACAUGUAGCAGUUGACGAUAUAAACGAUGUGGAAGGAGACGAAGAAGAUUUAGAAGUAACAGAGCCAAAUAUAGUGCAAGAAGCAGUCAGUGAACCAGUGGUCCAAGAUGUAGUAACUGCAACCCCUGCAGUUGUACCCAACAUAACAGAGGCACCUAUACUCGACGAAGAAGCUUCCACGACAGUGACGCCAGAUAGAGUAAACGGCUCUGUAUUUCGAUUCCCUUGUUCAUGUGUUCGGGGGCAAUGCGGGUGCUGUACGGGAACUAUUAUGGAAAGAUUUAGGAUGAAGGCAUGUGGCAAUAUAAGCUUUGUACCUGAAGAUUUUGUAUUUGAUGUCAGAAUGAGUGUUAAUAAUCGGACUGUUCUUCGGCGAAGAGUUUCAGCUGACAACCCACCCCCAAUUUGCUUCAAUCCUGGUAGAGCACCUUUCGUCCGUAUCUGCGCAGAAAUCUCAAAUAUUAGGAUCCGUAAUAGCAACGCGUUCGCUUGUUUGGAUAUCACUGCGGAUAUUGCUGGGUUUCAAAUAUAUUCCGCUUCGUUUAGAUGUUUCGGAUUAGGUACAAAAGGCCUUCAAACUGGAUUAAAUCCAAAGCCAGUAUCAUCAGGUCCCGCUCCCGUAAGCCUUUUUGGUAAUAAUGAUGACGACGACGACCGCGAUGGCUUCCUCUCCAAUGUUGCUGGGGGCAUCUUUGGCGGAGGGGAUGAAGGGGGUCUAUUUGGUGGGGGUGGAGGAAUCUUUGGAGGUGGUUCUGAUAACGAUGACGACGAUGGAGGACCGCUGGAUGAUAUAGGAGAUGCCGUUGGAGAUUUAUUUGAUGGAAUUACAGUCAAAGAAAAAACCAAUCUAACACGAACUGCUCUACAUUUCAAAGAUUUGAAAGACCUGGAAGUUCCCGAUAGUGCCUUGAUAUUCUUAGAACGAUUAAAAUCUAAACGCAUGAAUGAAUUAUCGUUACGAUCUCGGCAGAGUCCAGAAGUCCGGAAUACAACAUCUACAUCAGAAGAAGAAGAUGAUGAACCCUCAAGGAGAUGCACAUGUUCAUUUGGCGUGUGCAAGUGUUGUACGGGAUUAGUGUUGGAUUUGUUUAAUCAGAAAGCUUGUAUGAAGAUCACUUAUCAUCCUGGGGAUUUCGCUUUCGAUGUAGCCAUGUCUAUGAAUGACAGGGUACUUUAUGAAAACUCCUUGUCAGGAAAAAACCCGAAACCGAUAUGUAUAAAUCCACCAAGGCUUAGAAACUUGAAAGUAUGCGCCAAAUUUUACAAUGUAUUUUUCCCUGGAAGAAACUUUCACUUUUGCCUGGCAAUGACGGGCCAAUGGCGGCAGCUUGAACUUUUCAACAUGGCAUUUGAUUGUUUAAGAAUGGGCGCAAACGGCCUGGCGAUGGUAAAGCCGGAAGAAAAUGGGGGGCUCCCGAUACCCAACCCUGGAGGGGGAGUGGAUGCUGUCAUCGAUUCUGGCGACGAUGACAUUGAAGAGUACGACGAGAAUAACGUCAAGUCACUGUUUGAUUUCUUUGAUGAUGACGAUCGAAAAUAG